UUCAACUCCUUGUCCGGAAGAAAAAUAUUGUUUCCGGAAGAAACCCGGAAGGACCCUUAGAAACUGGGUUUUAAGGAGGAGAUGCUGCUGCUGCUGUUGUUGCUGCUCUUGCUGCUGCUGCCCCUGACCUUGCUGUGGAUGGGGAAGGCCUGGGGCUCUACACUCCAGCAUGGUCUGGCCUUAAGAGCCCUGCGAUGGGCAGCAGCCUGGCAGCAGUGGCAGCUGGAGAAGAGCACAAGGCAGGCCCAUCGAAGUCAAGAGCGGGUGCUGCAUCAGUGCCUCCAGGGGCCCCGGACCACUGCCUACCGGCUGGGGGAAUUGCCAGUCACAGACUUGAACAGUUUCCGGAACCAGUUCCCUCUGGUUUGGCCCCGCCUGGACACCCACAUCGAGACAGGGGAGCCAGAGGAGGGCUUGGCAGUGCUCCAGAAUCCUCAGGCCAGCUCUGCAUCCUGGGAUUCUUCCUUCCAGGUCACAUUGCUGAGUUUCAAUUCCCUGAAACAGUUAUAUCCAGGGGCACUCGCCCCGGGAGGCACUGCCCGUUUGACCCUCUCUUCCCCCUGGCCUAGCUCCCUCCCCUGGCCCCUGAAGCCCCUGACCUGGGCUUGUCCACCUGGGACAGGAGCAGGGGACCUUCGGACACUGCUUCUGGCAGCUCUUGGAAGCAGGAGGCUGCAGGUGCUGGAGGCUGGGACGGCAACCGAGUUGCUGGAUGUCUUCUCCUGCCUUGGGGCAGAUUGGAAGGAGCUGGUGGAGGCAGUGUCUGCUGGCAUGCCUGGCUUCUUGCCCCCUUCCCCUACCCGGGCAGCAGAGCUGAAAACCGAACUGGAGCAGGGACCCCAGGGAUUGGCUCGAAGGCUCUGGCCCCAGCUGCAGGUGGUGGUGAUGAAGGACGCAGGGGGGCAAGACGUGGCCAAGGCUGCCUUGGGAGCCACCUGGUGCCAAGGGUUGCCUUUCUUCUCACCUGCUUAUGUAGCUGCUGGAGGUGUGAUUGGAUUGAACCUAGGCCUGAAGCAGCUAAACCCAGGAUACCUUUUACUCCCAGGACCUCCCUUCGUGGAACUGCUCCCAGCCUGGGAAAAGGUCCAAGAGGAGGGCCCUGCCACCCUCCUACUAGGGGAGGCCCUGCAAGGGAAAGAAUACGAGCUGGUGCUGACCAAUGAUGCCAGCCUCACCAGGUGCCCCCUGGGGGAUGUGGUUCAAGUCAUUGGUUUCUACAAUCAGUGUCCUGUAGUCAGAUUUGUCAGAAGAUUGGGUCAGUCCCUCAAUGUCCGAGGCGAGGGCAUCUCUGAAGAUGUGUUCUCUGAGGUGCUGCUACGUGCUGUGGGCCUGUGGCCCGGGGCCAAGCUGCUGGAUUACUGCUGUGCAGAGAGUGGCAUUCUGGGCUCCUCCUCUGAUGGCUCAGCUCCCCACUACGAAGUGUUUGUAGAACUGAAAGGGGUUAGGGGCUUGUCUGAGGACCAUCGACACAAGCUUGAUCACUGCCUCCAGGAAGCCUCUCCCAUCUACAAGUCUCUCCGUUUUCGAGGCAGUAUUGGACCUGCCCAAGUCCACUUGGUGGGCCAAGGGGGUUUUAGUGCCCUCCGGGCUCUCCUUUCCUCCUCUCCCUCAUUGAUGCCCUUUUCCUCCUUUCCCCCAGAGAUGCCCAGGAUCCUGAGACAUAGAAAACUGAUCCAAUUUCUGCUGAGGAAGGUGGUGUCUUGAGUGUCUUCAGUUCCCCACCUCCAUCACAGAGUGCCUCUCUCUCCUAUGUCUCUGUGGAAACCCAUAAGUCCAGGGGGCUCUCUGAGUCUAGAGAUUAUCCUCGUUUCUUAAUGCUCUCUUGGAGUGGGAAGAAAAUCUCACUUGGGAACCCUUUGGGCCAGUUUUCCUGUUUUCUACUCAGGCUAAAUUAUGCUAAUUUUAGUGGCUGGGCAGUGAAAAACUGGUAGUGGAGGGAGGCAAAAUUACUGGAGGAGUGGGCACCAGGAGGGAAGGAACAUAAUUCUUCUUCUUUCCCCCUAUAGAAUAGGUAUGGGUAUGGGCAAGAGUCUUGUCCUUUCUGUUCUCAUUCAUAAACACUGAUUUGAUAUUUAAACAUAGAGACUAGGAGAGGUAGAGAUACUAAGCCUGUGAUUUCAACAAUAAUAAUAUCCUCCUGGAUGAGGAAACUAUCCAUACAGGUCAGCACCUUCUCUGCAUCUAGGAGAGCCCUGGCUAGGUUAGGACUUGCCCAGGGUCACAUGGCCAAUAUGUAUUUAGGCAGAACUUGAACUCAGAUCUUCCUGAAUCCAAGACCUACUGUAUUAUGCCACACUGUUUAGCCAUCUGUAACAGAUAUGGCAUAAAAUCAGAGAUUAGGGAGAGGGAUGGUGAGGCAUUUCCCCUUAGAAUGCGUCUAACAAGCAAGGGGCCUCUAAGCUAGAAAGGCACCACUCUUUCUUCCCCAUCCUUCACCUUCAUUCCCUUUACCACAGUUUGGUAGCAGCCCCCUUCUUGGCUAGCCAGUCCCCAUUUCCCCAGAGACUAUUCCUAUACUGGCCAGAUAAGGGGUAUCUUGUUGGAAUUGGGAGAAAGGGCUGUCAGGGAUGGUAUAUCUGGGCCCUGCUGCAAAUGCAAAGUUCUCUAGAAUGUCAGAAUUAGAAGAAAACAUCCACACUAAUGCUCCCAUUUUAGAGAAGAAACAGACCCAGAGAGGUUAAGUGAUUUGCCAAAGGUCACACAGCUAGUUUGUGGACUAGCCAAGAGCAAAACUCUGUUCUCCAUUCUGCCAAUGCAUUCUUUUUUUUUAAUAUAAUAUUUUCCCUAUUACACAUAAUAGUUUUUCACAUUUCUUCAAAAUUUGGAGUUCUAAUUUCUCUCCCUCCUUCCCCUUCCCUGGGAUGGUAAGCAACUUGAUCUAGGUUAUAUGUAUGUGAUCAUGCAAAAUAUAUCUUCACACUGGUCAUGCUGUGGAAGAAGACUCAUAUAAAACAACCACCACACACACACACACACACACACACACACACACACACACACAAUAAAGUGAAACGAGAUGCUUUGGUCUGCCUUCAGACUCCAUCAGUUCUUUCUCUAGAGGUGAAUAAUAUUUCUCAUGAGUCGUUUGGUAUUGUCUUAGAUCAUAGAAACACAUAAUUCUUUCUUUCCGUUCCACUAUAUUGUUAUUCCUUGGUAUUAGGGUAGAAAUGGCAAGGUGGAGCAUGGGGGUCAGUAAUUCUCAAAAGUCAUAGGAAACCUAACCAGUCCUCGAGCCUAGGGACAGGAAACAGUUGCUUAUGCCUUCACAGAAAUCUGUGUCACAAUAAACUUGUGUAGACCUA